AUGCAGACGUCGGACCGUUGCAGGAAAGUUCUGUUUACGUCACUCUUCUGCGGUGUCGCCGUCUAUUUUCUCAUCGCACAGAAGGUGCAUCAGCAUGGCACAGGUUCCAGCUUCACGAGCGAACGUCCAGACCUAAGCACAGACCUCGUCAACCCCCAUCCUUACUCGUUCAUCCUCAACAAACCAAACUUAUGUAAAACAGCAGACGGGGAGAAUCCUGUCGUGAUCCUUGUCCCAUCAGCAUCGACCAAUUUUCUGCAACGCAAAGCGAUUCGAGUAACCUGGGGCAAAGAUAGCUUGCAUUUAGGCUUCAAGCUCGCCUUUCUGCUUGGCUAUCCCAAGAACAGUGCUGUCCAACCGAUGAUCCUGGCAGAAGAUCGUCUCUUCCACGAUGUCAUACAAGAAGACUUCACGGACGUGUACCACAACCUCCCCAUCAAGUCGGUCAUGAUGGUGCGCUGGGUUAAGGAACACUGUUCGAACGCGCAAUUCGUGCUGAAAAUUGACGACGAUAUGCUGCUGAAUGUCUGGGGACUAUGGGCCGAAAUAGAGACAUCCUUAACGGGUGCGAAUCUCACCAUAUGGGGCAAACUGGCACAGCACUGGACGCCGUUCAGGAACUCGGUUAGCAAGUGGUACCUGCCCGUCAGGGUGUACAAGAAGCCCGUCUUUCCAGACUUCCUGGCUGGGCCGGCAUACCUUUUCACCGGGGACUGUGCACCAGUGUUGUACAAUGUCAGUUUCACUGUGCCGUACCUCCCACUCGAAGACGUCUUCCUGACCGGAGUUGUGGCCCAGAAGGCAGGAAUAACACGCAAAAAUCACCCAGGAUUUUUUAAUUAUCGGAAGAUACUACAUGCCUGCGCAGAACCGCGGCAGAUCGCGAGUCAUGGCUAUAGGCCUAUAUCGCUGAUCGGACUCUGGGGGUCCUUAUCACUAAAAAACGGUCAUACAAAAUGUAAGAUAAGACACAGUGCUCAAAAUGUGACGAAGGUCGCUUCGGCCCCCAGUGUGAGUUCUUAACGGUUCCGCCGCAAGUUCUGGCAAACCUGCUGACCCUUGCGACUGUACGCCGUUGCUUCAAGACAUCUCACAGUGCAGUGAUGUGUGUUGCGCCGAGUUCAUCGCCAAACUAACCUCGCGUUGCGCAUGUGGAGACUUGAAACGAGCAACACAAUGUCGAUGCAUUUACUUCAGGUUAAGUGCCGCGCCAGAACGCAGCAAGGUAUACCGAAUGACUAGUCCUGUACAGUUUACCGCGUCCAGUAUGGUGUGCUAUCCGUCGUUAUACUCAUCCGUUCCACGUACAUCUACGCCAACGGUACUUUUUUACCCGACCCGAUGUACAUGUCUACUAGUUAAAAAUGAUUAACUAUGUGGGAGCAUUGGGUCGGGUCCCAACCUGUAUACAUUAAGGUCAAACUGUAUGGAAUAAAUUAUGCGAAAUAGACUAUA